AUGUCUUUGAACAUAUCGUUAUACACUGUUACUGCUGCAUUGAUAUUAGAUAACCAUGGAGCGAGGUUAUAUGCUAAAUACUACGAGGCAAACAAGAGUGAGCAAUACGCAUCAUUAUCACAACAACUUAACUUUGAAAAGUCGAUAUUUGGAAAAAUCAAUAAAAUGAAUCAAGACAUAAUAUUGUAUGAUAAUCACUUAAUUACUUACAAACAAAGUAACGACGUCAUAUUGGUUAUCGUUUCUAAACUUAAUGAAAAUGAAUCACUAAUUUACUCGUUGACUACCAACUUGUUUGAAAGCUUAAACAUAUUACUUGAUAAUGCUUUGGAUAAAACAACAGUCUUGGAGAAAUAUGACUUGGUGAGCUUGGCGAUUGAUGAGGCUAUUGAUGAUGGAAUCAUACUUGAGAUUGAACCUGCAGUUAUCGUCAGCAGAGUCACAAAUCCUCCUUCUGGUUCAGGUAUCAGUAAUGACAAAAACAUACAUAUUGAUUUAUCAGAAAAAGGAUUAUUCAAUGCCUUGUCAUUUGCUUCUAAAAAGAUUGGAGAAAGGCUUCAGCAUGGUUUAUGA